CUCUUUCAGAAGUUUGGCUUCGCAAAUAGUACUUUUGUAGGCUGAUGAGGGGAUUCAUUCGCUCACUUUCUUAGUUAUAUUAAUUUCAGUUCAUGCCCAUAUUCCUUCCGUGAAAUUUCAAAUUUAUUUGGGUCUUAUUGUAACAAAGUCACAUCCGGGUUCUUCAAUCAAAUUAUCCCUUCAAUCUUUCGGUCCUUGAGGCCAAUUUUCCAUUAAUAAUUUCACGAGAUCAGUUUCGGUGCCCCGUAACGUUGCAGCGCUCUGUGUCCCUAUGUUCUGCUUUCGUUUUCAGGCACGAUUGUGCCUCAACCUCUUACACUCAUCGCAGAAGCCAUCAACGAAGUCUCAUUGUUCGCGGUUCAGUUGUAUCCACUCAAUCGCUUUAAGAGCUGAGAUGAGGGAUCAUUGAAGCCAAAAUGCGUACUCUAAUGCAAAUCUAUAAGUCUAUGAGUGGUUAUUGGGUUACUCAAUCUUCUAAGGCGGCCUCUUAAAAUUUUCGUUUGUAGUGAAUCAUUGUUUAAUUGUAUUAACCCAUGAAAUCAGGCUACCAGCCUGGUGGACGUGAUAAUGCUAGCACAAAGAUCUUAGUGACAUCACUGUCAGCAGUGGUAGCUGAGACAACAACUUUCCCUAUAGAUUUAAUAAAGACCAGGCUUCAACUCCACGGUGAGUCACUUUCCUCAAGUCAACCUACCAAUGCUUUUCGGGUAGCAGUGGGGAUCAUUCGUGAACAAGGUCCUCUUGGCCUUUAUAAGGGCUUGUCUCCAGCAAUUAUCAGACACAUGUUCUACACCCCUGUUCGAAUUGUAGGGUAUGAGAACCUGAGGAGUUUGAUUUCUGCUGAUAGUGGUUCACUCUCUCUGCUCAGCAAGGCUGCUGUUGGUGGGAUCUCUGGUAUUAUGGCUCAGAUUAUAGCAAGCCCAACCGAUCUUGUGAAGGUGAGGAUGCAAUCCGAUGGCCGAUUGGUGAGCCAAGGUCUUAAACCUCGCUAUUCAGGGCCUUUUGAUGCUUUGACCAGGAUUGUUCAAGCAGAAGGAUUUCUGGGACUUUGGAAGGGUGUUUUUCCUAAUAUCCAAAGAGCCUUCUUGGUAAACAUGGGAGAAUUGGCGUGUUAUGAUCAUGCUAAACAAUUUGUGAUAAGAAAUAAGAUAGCUGAUGAUAAUGUUUAUGCCCACACAUUAGCUUCUAUCAUGUCAGGCCUCUGUGCAACUACUUUAAGCUGUCCAGCGGAUGUAGUGAAGACUAGAAUGAUGAAUCAGGCAUUUAACAAGGAAGGUAAAGUCUUGUAUAAUAGCUCUUAUGAUUGCUUGGUAAAGACAGUUAAAAUUGAAGGACCAAGGGCACUUUGGAAAGGAUUUUUCCCCACUUGGGCUAGACUUGGCCCUUGGCAAUUUGUUUUCUGGGUUUCUCAUGAGAAGUUGAGAAAAGUUGCAGGGCUCUCUUCUUUCUGAUUUGCGUCCAUGGCCAACCCUCUUUCUUCUAAUACAAUCAUUCAAUGAGCCACUGAAAGUGUCACCAAUGUUUCUCUGCUACGUUAUGGAUUCUGUUUUACAAACAUGGACAAAUGGUGAAAAUUGAUGAUUGCAUACAGAUCCAUACAGUACAGCUUUGCUGAAUAAUUAUUUGUUCUCAAGAUGGCACUCAUGCAAAAUGGGAUAAAGUUCAUCAUGAGCGAAGCUUGCGUUAAUAAGGAUGAAUACAUUUUUUUCUUUCUAACUUUUGUAUUAUCUAUUAUUCUUCCUCCUAAAAGAAAAAUUGGAUGUUACAAUGUCUGAUGUAUUAUGACGCCAUCGUUUCCUUGAAAGUUAAUCCUGUUCCUCUGUGAAA